UAAGAGGGAAAGGCUCACCGAGUAACUGCGUGGAUGAUUUAUUAGAAAACAUUGGGAAUACAAACACAUGCAGAAGACAUGCCUUCAAAACAGAAGACGUUAUUGUUCUUUUCUGGUUUUGUUCUAAGCAUUGGAUCAUUUGCAAUUAUUUGCACAUCUUUGGGAACCCAGUCCUGGGUAUCGAGCAAAGUUAAUUUUGAUAAAUCAAAUGGUAGCGGUUACGCUUUGCUGUCAUAUGGCCUAUUCCAAGUAAGACAUGAAAAAAUAGAUAAUGGAGGACUCGACACACAAUUAGUCAUUCACCAAGGUAAAUUAUUCUCCUUAUUUAUUUCACUCACCAGACAUAUGCAUGCACUUUAUAAAUCAUUUAAGCAAUAUUAAUUGCCAUAGCUUCUCUAAACAUUUUCACAUAAAAUAAACUGAAAGGGAGAGUAUAGGCAAUGUGAAAGGACAGUGAAGGAUGUAUUGAAAAUAUGUUUAGCACAUGUUCUAUUUGUCCACCUCUAAUUACUAUAUUCAUUAUCUGAAAUGAUUGACAGGAGCACAGAGAUGGAGGCACUCAGUUUCAGAAUAGAGCAGUGUCAAUUUCUAUAUUUAAUUUUAUAUUCUAGACAAACACUUAUUCGUUCAAUAGAAGGAUAAGUAAACAUAUUACAAAUUCUGGGAAGUAACGGACCCCUUUUAGGUCUAAUUCGACAAUGGUAAUGUUCUCGAAAAGCACAGGAAUGGCGAGACUGUGAUCACGCCAACAUCAACAGUGUUUAACAUUCCGAUUAUUAGCAUAUGAUAGCUUUUAACUCACCCAACUGUUAAUUAAUCUGAAACAAGUGAGAUAGUCUUAUAUAUAUGUAUUUCAUUGUGUUUCUUUUUCAGUUCUACAGUUGUUGAAACCAGGUGACUCCCAGCAUAUCAUUCAAAUAUUGGUAAUAUUGAUUCUAGUGGUGGGCUUACUAUGUUCUUUCUUGGGAUCAGCGACGACAUGUUUAAACAGUGUCAGUAAUCCAUAUCUGACAUUUCUGGGUCCUUUAGGUGUUUAUAUAUGGGCUUCGAUAAAUGGUAAGCAUGCAUAAACAUAUAAUUCACAUUUAUUUUUGCUGGUGUUGUUUGAUAUGCAUUUUUUUAAUGAUAUUAUAAUAUAUUGUUGUAUCAUUAUAGUAUUGUUGGACUUCAUUUUCUUGAAUUUUUUUAUUACAAUAGUGCUUAUGAAAUAUAUAGAAUAUGGAGUAAAAUUAAGUCGGGCUGGACAGGGGCAAAGAAAUGGGCUUAAUAGGAAAUAACAGCUCAGGUUGAGGAUUACUGUUAGAAGAAUUACAAAUAGGGCUAGGAGAGUUCGAUAUUGGCUUCUUCUGAGUGAAAAUCAUGGGAGUUAUAGUCCACACCAUCUUAUUGUAGGCAAGCAUUUCAGAAACCAAAGUCCCUCUUAAUCCUAAAUCCUACAUUUUAUGUCCCUAUAACUUUAUCCCCUAACAGUAUAGGUUAUGACUCCCCGUAACCCCCAACAAAAUUCUUACAUAAGCAGUGUCAAAUGGAGCCUGUAAAGUUACCUUACCCUGCUGAUAUAAUAAGGAGUUCCGGGUUAUAUAACUGUGUACAUUAGUUGCUUUCUCCUACCCAUGCCACAAAUUAUAAUAAAAGUUUGAUUAUAUUAUAUUAUGUUAUUGCCACCAAAUAAGGGGAAUUUUUUUAAUGUUAUCAGGAGAUACUUGGAAACAAGAAAAAUCUCAAUGUAUCCAUCCUGGUAAAAUAUUUUAUAAAUAAAUAUUUUAAAUGAGAAUUUUUCAUUUGUUUUUUAUUAUGUGGGAGAUUUAAAGGACCACUAUAGUGCCAGGAAAACAAACUCGUUUUCCUGGCACUAUUGUGCCCUGAGGGUGCCUCCCGUGGGGGAGGAAGGGGUUAAUCCUUUACCUUGUUUCCAGCGCUGGGCUCCCUUGGCGCUGGGACUCUCCUCCCUCUUCUAACGUCCCUGGCUGAAUGAGCAUGCACGGCAAGAACCGCGCGUGCAUUCAGCCAGUCCAUAGGAAAGCAUUCUCAAUGAUUUCCUAUGGACGCUGGCAUCUUCUCACUGUGAAAAUCACAGUGAGAAGCACGGAAGCGCCUCUAGCGGCUGUCAAUGAGACAGCCACGAGAGGCUGGAUUAACCCAUAGGUAAACAUAGCAGUUUCUCAGAAGCUACUAUGUUUACAGCAAAAAGGGUUAAACCUAGCUGGACCUGGCACCCAGACCACUUCAUUAAGCUGAAAUGGUCUGGGUGCCUAUAGAGGUCCUUUAAUAGUGAUUGAAAAGUCAUUUUGUAAUGACUUUUCUCAUAAACCUUCAAUAGAGCAUUUUGGUUUGAGGCCCAAUUGUUACACAAGAAAAGGUAUUGGCUGGUUUUGAAUGGGAUCAGAUAUCUAACCUGACAUAAUAAACAAAAAGUUAGAUAAUAAACAAAGUUAGAAGGAGAGUCCCUAAAAUACACAAACAUAAGCUACAUUGUGUCAUAAAGCAGCAGGGAGAUGAGUGAAAAGGUUAUUUUAUUUUUAUGUUGUGUUACUCUUCUAUAUCUGCUUACUGGUAUCUCUAAUUUCAGCAAAAGCUGCUGUGAGUAUAGAGACCAUGUACAAGAAGCAGUCUCCCCUUAGAGUGUAGUAAAGUGAGAUAGAGUCUUGGCUGGCACUUUCAGUAACACAUCAAUUUUCACAAAGCGGAGGGUGAAACCUGCAAAAAAUGUGCAAGAGGCAGAUAUUAAAAGGUACAUAGAUCUCUUUUACCUUUACAAGAACUGUAACCACUAAAUUGUGCUGUUGUGGUUAUGGUGUCAUUAGUUUUAGAACAGUUUAAAUUCGAUUGUGCACAUGUGCUCUGCUGGAUGCUGCUCCCUGGUCUAACUAUUUAUAUUGGGGGCACUAGGACAUUCCUUUCACCAUAAUCUCUACAGCACUCUGUAGUUGUUAUGGUACAUUGAGUGCACCUUUAAUAAUUACAUCAGUAGGUGCUCUUUGUAUAUAUCUGAGCUCUUUAUUUAAAGCAAUUAAAAUAUGGCAAGUUAAUUGUCUGUUUAUGUCAGUUUAACAUUUAAGCGGCCUUGCUGGUGGAAUUAUCACUGCUGGUGAGAUGAUCACUUUAUUACUUUUAUCAAGCAGAAUGUAAUAUGUUGUGAGCUUUUACAAAAAACAAAAUAUAAAUGUAAAAAUAAUUCUGUGAAAACGUUUACUGUAAAUUUACACACAAUGUAUGUAAUAGUCGCAGGCUCACAUGCACGUACACACACAUACAGAUAUAUAAACUAAUAAGACAAGACACACUUUCAUAGUAAAAGGGAUAAAAUAUUAAAACCAGUUUAAAAUUGUGCAACAUUUUGUAUACGAUUACAAAAUGAUUCAUAGCUUCUAUUUAUAGUAGUGAAACAAAAGCAAUUAAGCCAUUGGUACAGUUUUAUAAUUUAAUAAACACUAUAUGUCAUUUUGUCUGUGGUUCCUUACUCAUUCACUAUAAAGAGUUACAUAAGAGUAGCUCCACAAAAUAGCAUUCAAUAUUGUUGGGCCUUUGUCUAAUCGUUUGACUACAUGUCAGAUUAAGAAUCUUAGAAUAUUGUUCCUGAAGGAACAGGGAACAAUACAUAGAUGCAUGUCAGCAUUCCAUUCUGGUGAUGUGCUUUCUGAAUAUCUGAAGUGACAUUUAACUAUUGGUAGUAUGAUUAACUAUUAUUACGCUUGUGCUGUAAUAUAGAUAAGGGAUAACGUAGCAGGAUUUCUGGUAUGUGCAAUAAAUUUGAGCAAUUAAAAGAAAAAUUCUAAACACUGAAACAGCUAUAGCUCAAUAAAGUGGUUUUGGUGUAUAAUUCAGGCCUUCACAUAUAAUUUCUCUUUUAUUUAGGACUCCAAUCACCUUGUUUAUGCAGCCUUAGCCAUGCCUCCACUGGCUGUGACUCACACAGCCACUCUACACACUGAAAAAGACUCUAUUUUGUUUCUAAAAUUCCGUUAUUGCACACUCUGUUUAAUUUAGAAUUUGUUUUCUUCUGCGAUGUUAAUAGCUUGCUAGAGCCAGCAACAGCACCCUGUGUGUGAUGUAUGUUCAAUUUACAGAGCUUCAUAAACAGAAACAUAAUGAUCUAACGCUUAAAAUCGCAGUGAAUUGAGCAGUGAGAAUGCUUAGGCAUGAUCUAUCCAACAGAACCAAUUUGUUAAGCUUUGAUCAUGAUGUUUUGGUGCUUAGAAUGCCCUGUUAUCCCCCUGUUUCAUCUGUUUUUGCCAAAAUGAGUAGUGCUAGGAUGUAGUGAUGUCCCGAACGGUUCGCUGGCGAAUAGUUCCUGGCGAACAUAGCGUGUUCGCGUUCGCCACGGAUGGCGAACAUAUGCAAUGUUCGGUCCGCCCCCUAUUAAUUUACUAAUACUAAGUAAAAAUUACUUAGUAUUAGUAAAUUGUGCUCCUACUCGCAAUACCGCGAGUAGGGGCAUGUCUAUUAAACAGUGUGCAGCCUGUGGCUGCUCACUGUUAAAAAAAAAAGGGUCCCCCCUGGUGGGGGCCCUAAAUACUAAUGGGGGGGACCUAUUUUCCUCCCCCUGGCCCCCACCCCUGAGCGGUGGGUGGGGGCCCUAAAAAUAACAAUAAGGGGGGACCUACUGUCCCCCCCCGGGCCCCACCCCUGAGCGGUGGGUGAGGGCCCUAAAAUUAACAAUAAGGGGGGACCUACUGUCCCCCCCGGCCCCCACCCCUGAGCGGUGGGUGGGGGCCCUAAAAAUAACAAUAAGGGGGGACCUACUGUCCCCCCCCCGGCCCCCACCCCUGAGCAGUGGGUGGGGGCCCUAAAAUUAACAUUAAGGGGGGACCUAUUGUCCCCCCCGUCCCCCACCCCUGAGCGGUGGGUGGGGGCCCUAAAUACAAAGGGGGGGACCCUAGUUACCCCUCCCCCCCAAAAAAAAUGAGCUCCCUACCUACCCCCCUCACCCUAAAAAUAAUGAGGGGGGGACCUUUAACUAAAAACCUGUAAAAAAAAAAUUAGAUAAAAAUAACUUACCAUUUGAUAUUUUCUUUCUUCUACAAUCUUCUUUUUUUCAGCCCCAAAAAAGGCAAAAUAAAAAGCCAUAAGAACCGACGCAAUUAAAAAAAAACCAAAAAAAAAAACGAGUGAACAAAAAAAUGAUCCAUCUUCACCCAUGGAGAGCUCUGCGAAGACUGAGCUCUGCAGGGCGGGGGAAGGCUUAUAAAGCCUUGCCACGCCCUGCAAUUAGGCUAAGAACACUCUGAUUGGCUGGUUUAAGCCAAUCAGAGUGCUCUUUGUCAUUUUACACAGCGUGGGAAAAUUCAAAAUAACUUUCCCACGCUGUGUAAAAUGACACAGAGCACUGUGAUUGGAUGGCUUGAAAUUGUAUGGCUUGUAUUGGUUCUGAUCUCAACUUUAUUCUGACUAUUCUCCGUUCUGUUCUCCUGUGACUCAGCUAUUGUUUUUUUCUCUUCCCUGAUUUCGGGCUUCCCUGACUUGGCUUGUCCCUGACCAUUCUUUUUCUAACAACGUAUAAUCUGGCCAUUCUAAGGACUGGUAAACGUUGCCUAACUAUUAUCAUAUAUAUACAGCGUGUUGGGUCACUGGGUAUCAUGACACAUUGUAAUACAGUCCUUUAAUAUUUUUUUAAUCAUCGUUUGAUGUCAAGAGGUAUUGUUUCACCUAUUUUAGCAGAUGUUUUGACAGCAAACAGAAGCAUUAGUUAGAGCCGUCCAUUCCUUUAAAAACAGUGACAAGUUCGCUCAGAUCAAAUCUCUAAAACAGUUAUGAGCUCACAAAGCAUUAAACAAGGCUGGAUAAGAUCAUGAGGAACCAGGCAAGGCCUAGGAAGAACAGGGACGUGUGAGUGUGAGGGUAGUGUACAGGGCCGUCUUUAAUUUUGAUUGGACCCUGGGCAAGCAUUUACUUGGGCCCCCUGACUGCAUAUAGAUACACACAAAUACACUACCUGACACACAUGCAGAUACACACUGAUCGCAUAUAGAUACACACAAGAACAUACAAAUACACACAGACUACAUAUAGACACACUGACACACAUACAGACACACAGAUACACAACCUGACACACAUGCAGAUAUACAGAUACAAACACUGACACAUACAGAUACACACUGACUAUAUACAGAUACACACACAAACACAAACGGACAACAUACAGAUACAGAGACACAUUCUGACAGACGUACUGACACAGAGACACACACAGACAGCCAUACUGAAACACACACACACACAGACAAACAGAACCACACGGACACUGACAGACUCACAUAUAGACAUACCGACACACUGACAGACAUACAGACAUUCUGGCACACAUACACACAGACAGACAUACUGAAACACACAGACACUGACAGACGUACACACAUACAGACAUUUUGACACUCACAGACAGCCAUACUGAAACACACAUACACACAGACAUACAGAACCACACGGACACUGACAGACUCACACAUAGACAUACCGACACACUGACAGACAUACAGACAUUCUGGCACACAUACACACAGACAGACAUACUGAAACACACAGACACUGACAGACGUACACACAUACAGACAUUUUGACACUCACAGACAGCCAUACUGAAACACACAUAGACACAUACAUACUGAACCACACAGACACUGACAGACAGACUCACACACACAGACAUACUGACAGACAUACUGGCACACAUACACUGACAGACAUACUGGCACAUAUACACACAGACAUACUGAAACACACAUACACACAGACACUGACAGACAUAUUGACAAACACAGACAUACAGAACCACAAGGACACUGACAGACUCACACAUAGACAUACUGACACACUGACUGACAUUCUGGCACACGUACACACAACAGACAUACUGAAACACACAUACACACAGACACUGGCAGACAUACACACAUACUGACAUUUUGACACUCACAGACAGCCAUACUGAAACACACAUACACACAUACAUACUGAACCACACAGACACUGACAGACUCACACACACAGACAUACUGACACACUGACAGACAUACUGGCACAAAUACACUGACAGACAUACAUACUAAAACACACAUACACACAGACACUGACAGACAUAUUGACAAACACAGACAUACAGAGCCACACGGACACUGACAGACAUUCUGGAAAACAUACACACAGACAGACAUACUAAAACACACAGACAUACAGAUACACUGACAGACAUACUGGCACACAUACACUGACAGACAUAGUGGCACACUAACAGACAUACACUGACAGACAGACAUACACACAUACAUACUCACACUCACACAGACACUCAUGCAAAAUGUGAUAACCACCCUCCAGUUUCUUACCUUUUACUGGAGGGUGGCUUCCCUGGGGUCCAGUGGACUGGGAGUUAAGCUCUCCCCCGUCCGGAACAGCUGGUCCGCCUUCCUCCCUGCGCGGCUCCUGUUUCUGUGGGAGGAAGUGACGCACGGCUGUCACUUCCUCCCAGUGCUGCCGAAAAGCAAGGGCCCGGUCGCGCUGUUAAAACGCCACAGCGCCCGACCGGGCCUCUGCUGACAUAGGCCCACCGGGUGGCCCUAAGUGCAUGGGCCACCCGAUGGGCUCCCAUAGUUUGCAGGCAGAGGGCAAACGGAGCAGCUGUCUUGGGCCCCCCGAGCAGGGACAGGGCCCGGGGCAGCUGCCCCGUUUGCCCCGUGUUAAAGACGGCCCUGGUAGUGUAUACAGAGGAAUGUGGUAAAGUGGUUCUGGAACAGGGGGUGGAGUAGUAAGUGGUAGAUGGGUGGGAUAGCAUAAUUAGGUUGCCAUCUUAUGGGAUAGCAGCCAUCUUAAUUAUCAGUUUGUAAGAGCUUCCCACCCUCCCUCCUCUUAUUUGUUUCAUAUUUGUUUGUCUGUGUGUUUUGUCUGUCACAGCUUGGUUGCCCAGUGGGCAUGUUGGGUGCCCAGCAGACUACCUGGGUGCCUAGCGAGCCUGUGAGAGUUCUGCGGGCAUGUGGUCGUCCAGCGGGCGUGUGGCGGUAUAUGGCCCUUGUCAACCGGGGGCUUGGACCAGCAGUCCAUGGAAAGUGCAUGGCUAGGGCUUUCCCUCCCCUAACCUCAGGUACAGUUAUGGAUAAUGGACGUGCCCACUUAGCCAAUAAAUGGCUAGUGGUUAGCAUUACGUCAUGGAAGGCCCAAGUAAAGGCCUUAUACUGGUUGGAUUGAGGGUAGAGGGGGCAGCUGCCCUAAGUUACGUUUGGUUGGCAAAGUGGCCUUCAGUGAUGUAUCUAUUUACUAAGUAAUUAUGUAUAUAGUGUUUAUGUUAAAGUUGAAGUUUUAAUAUUUAUAUAUUUAUAAUAAAGCUUUGGCCUAUUUACUCCAAAGCAAGUUUGUUGUGUUUCAUUUCGGGAAUAAAUGGUGGGGAUCAAAUGGUAAAGUUUUAUGUCCAUACACAGUUACCCUCUACCUACACACAAGAGUUUGUUGUAUCUUACUUUGUUGUAUCUUACCACUGGUUCCUCACCCUGGCAAGUCACCUAUAACUUGUCUUAGUCUUUUUUUUUUUUUUUUAAUAUAACGCUCUAUUAACUUUGAACAUUUUCUUAAAAAAUUUGCACUUGGCAUUACAAUCCUUUUCAGUCCUGCAUAGCCACGGCACAAAUUGCAACAGAGGAGGAGAAACAUAAAUAUUGUGUUUCUAUGCUGACUGACAAGUGUAUGCGACAGGGCUUGUAACGAUGAUUGACAGUGAGCAAAGACAAAGGCAUUCAGUUACAGGGUGGAGGUAAACAGCACAAUGUGUUUCAGCCCUCACCAACACAUAUUUGUUAAAUACAAGGGAUAAAUAUACAUAAUAUUAAAAUUAUAAUAUUGACGAUUCCCCCCUUUAAAUAGAUAAUUAAUAUUAUGAGUGAUGUAAUAGCCUGACUCCUUGAAAAUGACCUUGUGUCUCGCUCUGGUAGCCCAUUUAUAUACAUGAUUAUAUGUGUUUAAUGUCUUUUAUUUGCCCUUUUAUAUGUUUGUUAUAUGUUUGGUAUAUGUUUGGUAUAUGUAUUAUUGAUUUAUAAAUAAAGCUAAAUUUAGCAGUGGCAUUGGGGUGCAUCUUGAUUAUUGAUGUAUAGUUUUGGUUUUGAUACUUAGGGGAGUCUCUUCUAAAGGUUGCACUUACUGGUACAUACCUUAUAUAAUGGAUGCUCUUCUAUCUAAAUCGUCUGUGAUUGUCUAUACUACUACUCGUGUAUUGGUAAAGAGAGUCCAUAGUCACAGAGUGACAGGACAAAAGAAAACUAAAGACACGUGAAAACACAUUAGUAACUAUACAACUAGACUUUUUGUAACAUUUGCCAAAAUGUUUUUGCUUAAAUAACUUUUAUGUUUUUUCCUCCUAGGUUUUGCCGUUCUACUUGCAAUGGUUUUAUUUGCUUCUAACACAGAGGCAAAUCAAAUGCCGAAAUACCUUGCACAAGUAUUAGAUCAAAGCACUGAUCAGUAUCAUAAAAGUGAAAACACAUAUGGAUAUUCAUAUUGGCUGCUUCUCCCGUGUAUAUUUCUAAAUAUCGCCACAAUAGGAGUCAUUUAUUAUUAUCAACACGCACGAUACAACAAGAAGAAAGAACAAGAACGACCAAUGGAAAAUGCAUCCAAGGAUGUUAUUUUAUUUUGAAUGGAGAAAUAUAAAUGAAUGGACUGUGACUGCAGGCAGGGGAAGUGACUGAUUAUUUAAUUGCAUUUAUUGUCUUUAUCACAAGCCACUUUCAAUAAAACAGCAGGCUCCUCGACAGAAGAUUGGCUGAGCCGAUAAAAAAAAAGCUUUGAUGCUGACAUAAUGCUUUUUUCUACGGUCAUUAUUAGAUGUUGGGUUUUAAAAAAAACCUCUGGAUUUAAAAAAUGCAUGCCAUUAUGUUGAAUACAGAGAGCUCUGAAUACAUAGCAUACAGAGAGAGCUAGCCAAAUACUCAUACCUUCCAAACGCCCAAUUUUGGGUAGAACAGUCUUGAUUCUGGUGGACCAAUUUCACUUUAUUACACCUUUUUCUCUCUAUUGCCUAGUUGCAGCAGGAUAUUGUGGGGACAAGUUACUGUUAACUGGUUUGUUCCAUUAUUAACACUAUCAGAAACCAGAUUAAGGAACACGUUGCAAUGCACGCUUGGGUUAAAAACGUGCGUGCACUGUUGACCACCAUUUCACUAACACAUUCCAAUCUCUAGAGUCCCAUGCCAGCUAUUUUGGAAAUAUUGGAAGGUAUGCUUUUGUUUCAAAGCAGUUUUAUGCUUCCCUACUAGUCCUGCGUUUGAUUCCAGCUCGUUUGAGCAGGGUCCUCUUCAGCCUAUAGUUCCUGUAAGUUUUUAUAAUUGUCUCAUUUAUUGUUAAAUGCCCUUGUACUAUUGUAAAGCGCUAUGCAAUUUGUUGGCACUAUAUAAAUGCCAAUAAUUAUUAUUAUUAUUUUCCACCAGGAAAAAGUAGGUCAAUGGAAUAGAAGUCUAUUAUCAGGACCCCACUUCAAAAAUUGGGAUACUCCAGGGGCUGUGAUUUACGAGUGGAAAGAAAUUAUGAAGCAGAUAUAUUUUUAAAAAAUUGAUGAUAAAUGCGAAAAUAAUAUAGUAAUAUGGAGGGAACCUACAUACAUGGAAAUAGAGCCAUAAAUAGCUAUAUUUGGAUUCAGAACUCAAAACUUUACCAAUGAUGUUCCCCCCUGUUAAACAACAUUGCAUCCAGAGUUUUAUUAAUGCUGUAAUGUUAUUUGAGUGGUAACGUCAGCU